AAAAAUGGCGACGCAGGGAGAAGAAGAGGCUCGUGACUAUCUUGAAAAACACAGAAUUUUAGACUUAUUUAACAACAUUACGGCACAGCUUGUAUUCAACAGGCCGGAACAACCCAAGAGAUUCAUGAUUGAAGUGAUUGAAAGGCUGAGAGAAGCAAGAACAACACAACUUGACUAUCCAUGUAUAUUUGAUGAUUCUAACAUAAUAGCUAUAUUUGGUAUGCUGGAUCCGACAAAAAAAGGUUUUAUUACACUGGCACAAUACAAGGAAGCCAUGAGUAUUCUUGGUGUUAAAAGUUAUGAUGAAUACCCAAGUGGUGCAGAAUCAGACAAAAUUGCACAAGAUACGUUUGUCAGGGAGGCGAAGCAUGGACUAAAGAAAUCCUCUUCUACUUUCAAACAAGUGCCAUAGAUGUCAUUCGUCCUCCAUCUCCAUUCCCAACUCAGUGACUAAGUGAUGGCUAGCUGCUUUUCAUUAGUUAACACCUUUAAUUUAAUGCACUACAUGUAGUAUGAUAUAAUAUGCAAGUUGUCAACCUUGUAGACUCAAACAUGUUUGAUCCAACACAAUUCCACCACCUGUACCUGCAUUCAUCCGAUUACCCCACCCAUCAUCAAAACAUUUCAGUUCAUUGUUCAUUUCUUAAAAUAACAAACACUGAUUUUAUGUAUUAAUAUGUAUACAUAAACAAAUUACCUAAGCUCCAGGUUUAUCCUUGCUGAGAUAAAAGGUGUCUAGCUAUUUCCUGUUAUUUUUAAAAGCUAAAAUUGUAAAUUAUUGUUCAGUAGACUAGCAUUCAUUCGUUUAUAUGUACAUUGAUAUUACUGUAUAAUGUGUCAGUUUAUGUGUGUAAAUAAAAUCUUUUUGCAGAAAA